UAUCCUUCCCAUAAUUCCUUUCGGGAAGCUGCGGGUUUGCAGCGAUUCAUGAUGGCGGCGGACAGUGAGCCGGAGUCGGAGGUCUUUGAAAUCACGGAUUUCACCACCGCCUCGGAGUGGGAGAGAUUUAUUUCCAAAGUUGAAGAGGUUUUGAAUGACUGGAAGCUUAUUGGUGCUUCAUCAGGCAAAUCUUUGGAAAAGGGUGCAUAUACCACUGAAGCAUGGGAGGAAAAAUCGGAUGAGAUUGCUUUUGCUGAUUUUCGUUUCUCUGUUACACACCAUUACCUUGUGCAGGAAUCAAAUGACAAGGAUGCAAAAGAAGAGCUAGUGGAAGAUGUACUUCCAGUUUCUAUGCAAGACCUUCUCUGUAUGAAUAAUGAUUUUCCUCCCAGAGCUCACUGCCUAGUAAGAUGGUAUGGUUUGCGUGAAUUUGUAGUUAUUGCACCAGCAGCAAAUAAUGAUGCAGUUCUUAGUGAAUCCAAGUGUAAUCUUCUCUUGAGUUCAGUUUCUAUUGCUUUGGGGAACACAGGAUGCCAGGUGCCAGUAUUUGUGCAGAUUCAUCACAAAUGGCGAAGAAUGUAUGUAGGAGAGUGUCAAGGUCCUGGAGUCAGGACAGAUUUUGAAAUGGUUCAUCUUCGCAAAGUGCCCAGUCAGUAUACCCAUUUGUCAGGACUCUUGGAUAUCUUCAAAUCAAAGAUUGGCUGUCCAUUAACUCCAUUACCUCCGAUAAAUAUAAGUAUUAGACUUACAUAUGUACUUCAGGAUUGGCAACAGUAUUUCUGGCCUCAACAGCCACCAGAUAUUGAUGCUUUAGUUGGAGGAGAAGUUGGGGGACUUGAAUUUGGAAAGUUGCCAUUUGGUGCCUGUGAGGAUCCUAUCAGUGAACUCCAUUUAGCAACUACAUGGCCUCAUCUAACAGAGGGCAUAAUUGUAGACAAUGAUGUUUACUCAGACUUGGAUCCUCUUCAAGCACCUCAGUGGUCUGUAAGAGUUAGAAAAGCAGAUAAUCCACAGUGCUUAUUGAGUGAUUUUGUUAAUGAAUUUUUCAAAGUAUGUCGCCGGAAAGAAUCAACUGAUGAAAUUCUGGGAAGAUCAGCAUUUGAAGAGGAUGGAAAAGAUGCCGAUAUAAGCCAUGCUUUGUCAAAGCUCACGGAGCCAGCACCAGUCCCAAUCCAUAAACUGUCAGUGACAAAUAUGGUUCACACUGCUAAGAAAAAGAUUCGUAAACACAGAGGUAUAGAUGAGUCACCAUUAAAUAAUGAUGUCCUCAAUACUAUUCUCUUGUACUUAUUCCCUGAUGCUGCUGAUAAAUUAACAGAUGUAUCUGAAGCCCGAACGAGUACAUCAGCAGGAAGCCUUCCUCCCCCAGACAAUGAAGACUAUAAUCUCUACAUUCAGUUCAAAUCGGCUCCUUCAGACAGCCUCACUUACAAAUUGGCUCUCUGCCUUUGUAUGAUCAACUUUUACCAUGGAGGAGUCAAAGGAGUUGCACAUCUCUGGCAGGAAUUUGUCUUGGAAAUGCGCUUCAGAUGGGAGAACAACAUCUUCAUCCCAGGGUUAGCUAGUGGUGCUCCGGAUCUGAGAUGUUGUUUACUGCACCAAAAACUCCAGAUGUUAAAUUGUUGUAUAGAAAGAAAGAAAGCAAGAGAUGAAGGGAAAAAAGUAAAUUCUGACCGGUCUUCUGCUGACACUGGAAAACCUGAUGGUUCGAAAGAAAGUGAUAAGGAAAAAGAAGUAGGGAAGUCUUGGGAAUCAUGGAGUGAUAGUGAAGAUGAAUUUUUUGAAUGCCUGAGUGACACAGAGGAUCUUAAAGCAAAUGGACAAGAAGGUGGAAAGAAAGGGAUCCCAAAAGACGGCAGCAAAGAGACUAUAUCAUUAAAGCCGGAAGGCCGUCUACAUCAACAUGGCAAUUUGACUUUGCUUCAUCCUGGAGACCCUCUCUAUGUUCCAGUUACACAGGAACCAGCUCCUAUGACUGAGGAUCUGUUAGAAGAACAAUCAGAAGUUUUGGCUAAACUGGGAACAUCGGCAGAAGGAGCCCACCUCCGCGCUCGAAUGCAGAGUGCCUGCUUACUCUCUGACAUGGAAUCUUUUAAGGCAGCCAACCCUGGUUGUUGUCUGGAGGACUUUGUGAGGUGGUAUUCCCCUCGAGAUUACAUUGAAGAGGAAAUUGUGGAUGAAAAAGGGAAUGUGGUCAUUAAGGGUGACUUGAGCGCCCGAAUGAAGAUUCCCAGCAACAUGUGGGUUGAAGCCUGGGAAACCGCAAAGCCAAUACCAGCAAGGAGGCAGCGGCGGCUCUUUGACGACACCCGUGAGGCGGAAAAGGUCCUCCACUAUUUAGCAGUUCAGAAACCUGCUGACCUUGCGAGGCAUCUUCUGCCUUGUGUCAUCCAUGCAGCUGUACUCAAGGUAAAGGAAGAAGAAUCCCUAGAAGACAUUUCUUCAGUAAAGAAGAUCAUUAAGCUGAUAAUCACCCACUCUAGUAAAGUCCUGCGGUUUCCAAAUCCAGAGGACAAAAAACUUGAAGAAAUAAUUGGUCAGAUUCUGAGUGUGGAAGCCACAAUUGCCCGAGCGAGGUCACUAAAAGCAAAAUUUGGUGUUGAGAAGUGUGAUAAGGAAGAGGAACGGAAAGAUCUAGAAAGAUUUGUGAAUUCUUUUCUGGAACAGCCAGAAGUAUCAGUCAUUGGUGCGGGAAGAGGACCUGCUGGGACUAUCAUUCACAAGCUUUUCAUGAGUGCACAGAGGCUGACCGAACCUACUGAGGAGGUAACAAGACUUUUCCCUCAUUCGCUAGUCAUCUGCCUAGCUUCAUACGGCUUCAAUGAUGCCCCUCGAUGAUGAACUCAAGAGAUCGGGCUCCAUGGAUGAGAAACGCAUGAACUUGGGAUCAGCUGCGGACUUCCCUCUCCCGGCAGGGCGGGAGGUCAUUUUACGCACCACAGUCCCACGGCCGGCUCCUUACUCUAAAGCUCUGCCUCAGAGAAUGUACAGUGUUCUUACAAAAGAGGACUUCCGACUGGCUGGUGCCUUUUCAUCUGAUACAACAUUCUUCUAAUGUUUUCAUCUAUUGAACUUGCGCCUUUUGGGAUGGCAUGAGGAGCGAUCCACCAGAGUGGGUUCAUCACCACCUGCCAUUUGAUGGAAUUGUGAAUUUAUCCAGUCCUUUAAAGAUGAGGAUACUCCUUCAAUAAAUCAGUGAUCAAGACAUUCUCAAGAUGAAUAAAAAGUCAAAACAUUUUUCUCAUAAGAUGUUUGUAAAAUUUUAAAGAGUAUUUUGUUAGUGCCCAAUUUCUGUGGAAACUCCUUGUCUAGCUGUAGGUGUUACUGGGCUUUCCUAGGUUAUUAAACAAAAUUACUCAUCUUUAGCUCCCCAGUGUAGUCCAAUUCAACCAAUCUAUUUACAGUGGUAAUCAAAAUAUCAGAGAACUAUAUAUUAAUAUUGUGUAAAAUCUAAAUAUGGUAAUACUUGUAGAAUUCCAUGGCCUUUUGUGAGUGCUUGUUCUGUUCAGUUUUAAACUUUGCAUUGCCUAUAAUGCUGCCACAAAUUGGUUCAAGCUGUUAAAACAUGUCUGUCCAGCUUAAUAAAUACAAUCUUAUUUGUGGAUUUA